AAAAUUUUUCAUCAUAAUAAAACUACCCUCUAUUGACCCUUAGGAUUAACUCUCAAUAACCUAUGAUAUACAUCAGAGUCCAUUUUCAUCAAGCGUUUUGUUUUGAUUUUUGAAGAAAAAUUAUUGCAUCAUGAUUGCGAUCAAGAUCGCACAAUAAUUACAAAACAAAACAAUGGCGUAGUUGUUUAUUAAAGCAAAAACAUCACGCACAUCAAGUUUGUGACACGAAAACCGUUCAAAAAUGACUAGCCAACGUACUAUUGGCGAGCUAGACGAGAUAGUUUUGAACAUACUUCGAUCGCUUGAUGCAGGAGAAGUUAUCAAAUGCAGUCUGGUUUGCAAACGAUGGAACCGGGUAGCUAAUGAUAACAGUCUGUGGCACGGUUUGGUUUUAAAUCGCUGGCCCUCGCAAAGGGCCGUACUUGGUCAGGUUUCCACGAUGACUUUGCAGUGGCAAAAGCUUUACAGGUACCUUCAAGGGAUUGGCAAUUACUCACCAGAUGAUAUGAAAUAUUUCAUAACCUGCAAACUUGUCGAGACCAUUUUGGAUUCGGAAGAGCUCCGGCAGGCCGUGUUUCGUGUCAUGGAAGAUGUCACAUCUCGCUGGGAAAAACCUAGAUUGUUUGAGCUCGAAGAGACGAGCCCACGGUUUUUUAACAGCAACAUGGAGCUGUACUACGAUACUCACGAUCUCAAGUGGGUGUUUGUCGACCGACGCCGAGAGUAUGUCGACGACUCUUUUACCAUUCGCCUGAAUCAAGAUCGCAUGACGAGCCGUCAAAUGAGGUUUAUCAGACCAUACCAGGUCAUGGCAAGCUGUAUCAUGAUGUACAGAUGGUUAAUUUUAUUCCGUUACAUGUUCACCGAAGAUGUCGGUCUGGCCUUCUACAGGAUCUGGCGUUUUCGGUUGAAACAUUCCGACACGAGUUUCAUCUUUGAAACCUACGACUGGAAGGCGGCGAUGUCUUCGACAUUUUCACACGGUUGUCCCGUGUCUACAAAAUUCAGAGACGAUGGCUUGGCCGUACUUGAUAUGCUGUCGAGCCCGUUUUUCGUGACCCACCCUUUGGGUAACACUUACAAAAUACAUUACGAAAUUGCUUUCCCUGUUUAUUCUGAGUCUGUGUUUUCCUCGGAGAAUGUUUCGAGAAGUUCCAGCAUUGAGACCUUAGAUAGUAUUAAAUCUGAGCCUAAAAUUGCAGAUGUUUCGUUCACACCUAAGGCGAACGAGCUUUCGACCACCCCCAAAGCAGAGGAAUUUUUAAUCCGACUGAAACCGAGUGAGUUGUCGGCAGGUUUGACCGCACCCAAGGCAGGAGCGCUCUCGGUCUUGCAAAAGACUGGAGAACUUUCCGGGGCGGCCGUGGUCGCUUCCAAGGGAAUAACUCACAGCUUUAGUUCGGACACUUUGAGCAGCUACAGCGGGAAAUCAGCGAACGAAGACGACCAGGAGAGCGAGGAUAAUGGGGACGAUUCUGGAUAUUUUUGCAACUGCGAGUACUUUAUCCAUCGCAGUAGCUGGGAAUACGAGGAACAGCAGUUGGUCCAGGCUGAGGUCGCAACAAGAUGGGAAACAAUCAUAGACCACCCGCAACCAACGUUUGAGCUGGUUUUCGAUUCAUACGAAGAGAAGUGGUUGUUCUGUCGUUACAACCCUACGAACCUCAAACGUCCUGCAAAAUUGAACAGACAGCUCGUUGAAAAAAGCUUGGAGUUGGCAAAACCAAUACGAGAAGACGACGCUGUGGUUAACGAGGCUGUCUCUGCAUCGAUGAAUAACAUGGAAAUUGACGACUCAACGUCGACCAACGAGACUGAAAAUCUCACCGACCUGGCGACUACAAGCACAUGUGUUCUUACCAAGGACACUUCUGUACCGGAGUGCGCAGCCAAGGCGGUCGCCAGUAUGCCUGGGACGAGCUCCGACACCGAGCAGACCAACUAUAGUUUGGGACAAGAAGCGAUGCCAUCCAGCUUGACGUUGUAUAGACUCGUAUGCUUGUUUGACUUGGCAUCUCCUCAGUAUAAGAGCUCCGAAGAAUGUUGUGUUUGGUCAGUUUGUUUACAACAUCGACUCACAAGAGGCAUGAUUCAGUUUCAAGACUUGAAUGGUUGGCUACGUGUGUUCGCCACCUUAAACAGAGAGCAGCGUCUCUACUGCAGUGACCUUGCUGUGAUGUCCUUGAAUCAGAACAUCGGAUUUUUGGACGAUUCCAAAAGCCUUGGGUCUAACAGUAAAGUAAAACCUGAGCAACACUCUUCGACCUCCAGCGACAAUCAAAGCGAGGUAUCCUCGGAUGGGUCUUCAGAGGAAGAAUAUGGAAACCCGCUGGAACGGUUCACGAAAGAUACCUGUGCCUUGCUACAGCUUUUGGUGAACCAGAAAUUCGCUCACCCCUAUGGAACAGUUGCUGGGGCCGUGGCCUGACCUUUCAAGGCCGUUGCCACCGACGGUAUGAUCAAUGAUCAUUACCACUUCCUAGAUCUUGCAUCAUGGACCAAGGGGGGGGGGAUGAAAAGAGCAUACUAAAAUUAGUUAAAUUUCGACGUAAGAUUGUGAUUUUGUGGUAAAGUGCCAAAAAUUUAACCUUGCAAAUUUUAUAUACUUUCUAGCGCGUUAGGAAAUUGUCAUCCCUUUCCACCUAAUGUGGUAAUGAACAAUCUUUCUGCGUUCUAACAAAGUACACAAAAUGUAACGGCUUGCAACGCUGUACACAUUGCAAUUCCACUGAAUUUGGUAUGCUUUCCCCAGGAAUAUACUACAUUGACAAUAUAGUCUUAACACUUAUUCACUAGGAGCGAGCUAGUAAAACAGAUAUAUUUAUUUAGUUUUGUGGACUGUCAUCUCAGAACGACGUCGAGAUGAAUAGUGUCAAUAACCCACAAAUAUAUAUUUGUAUAUAAAAUAUAGGUUUGCAUGCAUCAAUACUACAGUUGAGAAUGUUCGUGAGAGAUGGACCACUUUGCCCAUUCUGUCGCCAGAAAUAGUAUAAGCAAUGCAGGAGGAGUUAACAAAACGUAUUAAUUUGUAUUAGUU